ACGAUUACGCCAUUAUUUUCCACCGUUGCUCUCGCGAUUCCUUCCCAGUCACGACGCUGCACAUCUCUCCCCCGACGGUUUUCUUCCCGGGACACGGCCACGGCCUCCCCUUAGACCUCGAACAACAACCUCGUGCAUCGGCUACUACAAUCCACUUGCAUUGGCAUAGAAAAUAAUCGAAAUGGCAACCGGUUCCACGUCGUCCAACGUGGUCGGCGUCCACUACCGCGUCGGGAAAAAGAUUGGAGAGGGCUCCUUUGGUGUUAUCUUCGAGGGCACCAACCUGCUCAACCAGCAGCAGGUUGCUAUCAAGUUCGAGCCUCGUAAGAGCGAUGCUCCCCAAUUGCGCGAUGAGUAUCGCACGUACAAGAUCCUCGUUGGCUGCCCCGGAAUCCCUAAUGUUUACUACUUCGGUCAGGAGGGUCUCCACAACAUUUUGGUCAUCGACCUUCUCGGACCCAGCUUGGAGGAUCUGUUCGACCAUUGCAACCGAAAGUUCUCCAUCAAGACCGUCGUAAUGGUAGCAAAGCAGAUGCUUUCAAGGGUACAGACCAUCCACGAGAAGAACCUUAUCUACCGUGAUAUCAAGCCUGAUAACUUCCUCAUCGGCCGACCGGGUUCCAAGAGCGCUAAUGUGAUCCACGUCGUUGAUUUCGGCAUGGCGAAGCAAUACCGUGACCCCAAGACAAAACAGCAUAUUCCGUACAGGGAGCGCAAGUCCCUCUCCGGAACUGCCCGAUACAUGAGUAUCAACACCCAUCUUGGACGUGAGCAGUCUCGACGAGACGACCUUGAGGCUCUCGGCCAUGUCUUCAUGUAUUUCCUUCGAGGCGGCCUUCCCUGGCAGGGACUCAAGGCAGCAACCAACAAGCAGAAGUAUGAGAAGAUUGGAGAGAAGAAGCAGACGACUGCCAUCAAGGACCUUUGUGAUGGUUUCCCAGAGGAGUUCAACAAGUACUUGAGCUACGUUCGCAACCUUGGUUUCGAGGACACCCCCGACUACGAUUACCUCCGUGAACUCUUCACCCAGGCACUUAAGAGCACCGGCGAGGUGGAAGAUGGCGAAUAUGACUGGAUGAAGCUCAACAACGGCAAGGGCUGGGAGGCCAUGAAGGCUCACCCUUCUGCCGUUCACCACUUGCAGAACCCGAACGCUCAUCAAAAUUCCUCGACUGCGGUCAACCUCCACGGCCAGGCACACCGCCACAAGACCCAUCUCCCUCCCGACCACCCCCGUAUCAACGAGCCGCUCCCAAAGCCCGGAGCGACUCGGGGCCCUUCCGGAAGAAGCCCAGGCGCCCCUCAACAGGGCAAGUAUCACCCAGACGCAGCCAAGAGGAGGAGCGGCGCUCCCGAUUUGGCUCCUCCAGAGGGCUCGACACAAGCACAGUUCCAGAACAGCCAACAGAAUAUCGCCUCGACCCGGGCGACACCAGUACAGAGUCCAGGACUCGCUCAGCAGCAGAGGCCACGGCAAGCCGAAGAGAAGCCGGGCUUCGCUAAGAAACUUAUGAAUAUCCUGUGCUGCGGAGGCGGCAACGCUUAAAUCCUGUCUCGCAAUUUCAACCGCGCGCAUCUCAUUUUCUACUAUGUUGCAUUUUGGAGUCCGUCCUGGAGCGAUUCGCUUUCAUCAUAGCCUCGGUUACCAUGUUUCUCUGUAUUGGUAGUUUGUAAUGAUUCAUAGAUGGGAUCGAAAAUCUCCUUUUAGUCGGUAUGUU